UAGGAAGAUCAUUAUAUAAACAAUGUGGGUAAAAAGAAAAUAGAUUGUAGAUGUCAAGAUCAAUUCACAAUAUUGCUUUGCCUGAAAGGUAUGAGACCAGAUUAUAUGAAUCACCUGGCCUGGUUAUACAUCAUGACAAUAAACUAUGAAAAAUAAAAGUAUUUGUCUGUAUGUAUUCCCAAAAAGUCACGGCCUUAUCUCUAGGUAUAAAAACUUCCUGAAAGAUUUCAUGGUCGAAAAAUUACUGUCAUUCAGCACUGAUAAAAAAACCCGGUUUGUGUUUUGACUUGUGGUUUUGAUACUAGCUAGAUUUUUUUGAAGAUUGUUUUUGUUGAAGUUUUUGUUCAGUACUCUCUCAUUUGGGAAUGAAGUCAUUCAGCAUUUUGCCAUUUCUCAACCGAAAUGAUUCAUCUCCACCAGAGGAAACAACCAUUGUGGAGAUGGCUCAGUUGGUCAACUCCAAGAGGAGAGGAAUAACUAGUGGAGAAAAUUCGUCAACAUCCACAAGCUCAGCCAAUCAACAAAUAACAGAUGAAAUAGCAGCUUUAUUUGAAUGUCCAGUAUGCUUCGAAGUUGUACUACCACCCAUAAUGCAAUGCCAAGUGGGACACUUGGUAUGUGCUAGCUGCCGUCCCAAACUGUCUUGCUGCCCCACCUGCCGUGGAACACUAGGAAACAUUAGGAAUUUAGCCAUGGAGAAGGUAGCAAGUAAUUUAAUGUUUCCAUGCAAACACAAGUCUACAGGGUGUCGCAUGUCUCUAGGACUGAAUGAUAAGGCUGAGCAUGAGGAGAUUUGUGAAUUUCGGCCCUAUAGUUGUCCCUGCCCUGGUGCCUCCUGUUCUUGGCAGGGUCAACUAGAUAAAGUAAUGGUACACCUUCAACAUGCUCACAAGAAUAUCACAACUCUGAAUGGUGAGGACAUCGUGUUCUUAGCUACCGAGAUAAAUCUUGCUGGUGCUGUAGACUGGGUGAUGAUGCAGAGCUGUUUUGGACACCAUUUCAUGCUCGUAUUAGAGAAGCAAGAAAAAAGCGACGGACAUACUCAAUUUUUCGCUAUCGUUCAGUUAAUCGGAUCUCGUAAACAAGCCGAACAUUUUGCAUACAGGUUGGAAUUGAAUGGAAACAGAAGGCGCCUAAUCUGGGAAGCUAUGCCAAGAUCAAGCCAUGAAGGGGUAGCAUCAGCUAUUAUGGGCAGUGAUUGCCUAGUAUUUGACAACUCCAUAGCCCAACAUUUUGCUGAUAAUGGCAAUCUAGGCAUAAAUGUUACCAUUUCGCUAGUAUGCUGAAAAGUAUGAGUUUGUAUUUCCUCGUGAACGUGAAAGAAGUUAAAAUGAGACUUGGGUACAUUUUUUAUGCUUAUUAUGUAAAUAGAUAGGGUUUGAAUAUUAAACUGAUCAUAUUUAUCUAAUUAUCAUUAGUUUUGAAUGAGUAUUUAAAUUUGCGGGUGCCGAUGUACAUUGUUGUUAUGAUUUUUUGUAGAUAUAAAACGCCUCUUUGUAGUCCAUACCUUAAAGGAAAUAUUGAUGAACAAACAAUGAAAUUGAACUUCUUAGAAGGAGCUAUAAUGGUUAGUCACUUUUGGAAUAAAUCCUUUGGUAGCAUCUCCUGAACUCAGAAUCAGAGUUGUAUGAUGUACACACAAAAGUUACAUCAUGAUCUAUGACGUGAUAAUUUGUCAUGUUCCUAAAAUAUUGUGAAAAAUCUAAUAUCAGUUCAUAUGUCUUGAUGGCUCAGUAUAUGAAAUAGGGAAAAUAAUACAAUUUUCACAGUCUUACAUGGGUCUUAGGAAAUUAUUACUACCCACUUAAUUCAAUAUUUGAGUUUGGGAAAUUCCAAUGGGUACAUUGUGAAAGUGACCAACCUGUAUAAAUGCUGCAUUACAUAAUCAAGUUGGCCCCACCAUGAUAAUUUGUAAUAUGUUUGAGAUUACAAAAACGACAACAGAAUAUUUUGUGGUUUGCAUAAGUAGAAAUGGACUAUUAUUGCUUAUUUUGAUCUGUUCUGGUAUAUAGUUUAUGUUUAUUGUGACUGAUGUUGUAUUAUAGGUAAUUGUCUUAUUUAUAGAUGUGCUUUUGAAUAACACUGUCUCAUUUUUACUUUAUUUUACUUUCAUGAUGCCAGAGUUUAGUUAGUGUAAACGAAAUAAACUACAUGCAUUCAUCUUAUUUAUAUUUAUCUGUUAUAUUUUGGUUUUAUAAUCACUAUUAUUUUCCUACACAAUCACUAAAUGAUGAUACUAGGAAGAGAAAUCCUUUCCAUGUAUCUACUAUUUUUCAAUAAUUGUAUCCAAAUGCAAACAUUAUUAAAUUUAACUAAAGAUAUGUUCCAACUGGGACUAUUUCUAAAUGGAUAUUGAAUAACAUGUUAAUACCUCACAGCUGACAAAUUGAUUGUUGGUAAAUGCAUCAAAAUCGAUAAAAUCGACCCGACCUCAAAACAUGUUCGCUUUUAAAUAGGUACCAUGUGUCUAUUAUAUUUUGAUGGAAUUAUUAUAAAAAAACUAAGAAGGGGGUGUGUUUCAAUCACCCUAUCGAUAAUUUAAUGCGUUGAUUAAAAUAAUUUGAGAGAAAAAGUAACAAAUAAUUACCAGUUCUUCCCCUACUUAUAAAAAAAAAUUAUUGGAAUUAACCAAUUUGAAUUGUAAUAUUGCUAUCAGCUACAUGCUGCCAUCAUAUUGUAAUUUCAGAAAAUUCGCCUCUGAAAAUGAGAAUUGCUACAAAGUUUUUAUUGAAAUUGUGUGAUAUGUGGAUGAAAUUCAUGCCAAGAAGCAUGGAUCUUAAUUUAAUAUCACUGCACGUCUUGCUUUUGACCUUUGACCUGGUCUGCUUAGUGAAAGCAUUUUUAACUUCUACUAAGUAUUUGUUUUCUGUUUUGUUUUCAGCUCAAGUUGUUUAAUGUUCAUUUUUUCAUACUUCCUACGAUCAAUUCAUUUGUAGUUUAUCCCAUUAGACAUUAACUAACAAUUGUGAUAUAAAAGUACAGUAAUCAUAAAGUUUUUAUAUUUUCAUGAUGGACAUUGGGGAAUUUUAAAUCUAAUUCCACUUUAAGAUACCAUUGAAAGUUAUUUGUCUGGAGGACUAAGUGUAUUGGAUAAAAAUUGUAUCAAUAUAAGAUAGCCUUUGUUCAGCAUUUUUUUUGUAAUCAUAGUUUUUUUUUAUCAUUAUGAUAGUAUAUUCUUGUUCAACUAGCUUUAUAAGUACAAGUGUAAACAGUAAUUUGCAAUAAAAUACUGACUUG